AUGCUUUACCCUUCCUUGCUCCGUUUUGGCUUUGCCAUCGGAGCUCUGGCUGGUCAUGGCCACGCGGCACCUGCACGCACCAAUGACGACCUCACUGAUACUCCCCUCCCCGUUGUCGUUUGGCACGGUCUGGGUGACCAGUUCAACAGCGAUGGCAUGAAGGGCAUCGAAGAACUCGCUGAAGCCAUCAACCCCGGUACUUUUGUUUACAUCAUUUCCCUCAACGGAGACCCCAGCCAAGAUCGCUCUGCUACCUUUACUGGCAAUGUCACGGAUCAGAUCAGCCAGGUCUGCGAGGAACUUUCCAAGCACCCAAUCCUCUCUACGGCACCCGCUAUCGACGCCAUCGGUAUCUCCCAGGGUGGUCAGUUCCUACGUGGUUAUGUCGAACGAUGCAAUUGGCCGCAAGUCCGUAGUCUUGUUACCUUUGGCAGCCAACACAAUGGUAUCGUCAAGUUCAAGGCUUGUGGUCAGAAUGACUGGCUCUGCAAGGGUGCCAUGGCCCUUCUUCGGUUCAACGUCUGGAGCAACUUUGUGCAGUCACGUCUCGUUCCAGCCCAGUACUACCGCGACCCCAGUACCGAACAGGAUUACAACAACUAUCUCGAAAACUCCAACUUUCUUGCCGACAUCAACAACGAACGCGAGCUCAAGAACGUCAAGUACAAGGCGAACCUCGGCAGUUUGACCAACUUUGUCAUGUGGAUGUUUGAGGACGAUACAUUGGUUGUGCCAAAGGAAUCUUCAUGGUUUGAGGAGGUUAAUGGUACAGAGAGCAUUCCCCUCCGAGCUCGCAAGCUCUACCAGGAGGACUGGCUAGGUCUCCGAGGCGUGGAUCGCAAUGGUGGUCUUCACUUCCGAAGCGCCCCUGGCGAUCAUCUCCAGGGUAUGGACGAGUUGCUCAACCAAACCUUUACAGACUACUUUGGUCCCUGGAAGCGAAGUUUCUCGGAGGAUGUCUGGCAGGAGCUGUAG